GAAGGCAAAGAAAGCACACAGCAAGAGACGUGUGUGACAUCCGGUGUGCUUGCGGACAGUAACGGUUGUGGAUACAAAAACCCGUAAACCUCACAACUUUUUUGAAAAACAACAACACUCGGGAUGUCUUCCAUGGUGCCAAUCAAGAUUGGAAUAAUCGGUGGUUCAGGCCUCGAUGAUCCGGAUAUCUUGGAGGGGAGGACCGAGCGUUAUGUUGACACACCGUAUGGAAAGCCGUCCGAUGCUCUGAUUCUGGGGAAGAUAAAAAAUGUGGAAUGUGUUCUCCUUGCAAGGCAUGGGAGACAACACACCAUAAUGCCGUCUAAUGUUAACUACCAGGCCAACAUCUGGGCACUGAGAGAAGAGGGCUGCACACAUCUGCUGGCCACCACAGCCUGUGGCUCACUGCGGGAGGAGAUUCAGCCGGGAGACAUUGUCAUCAUAGAUCAGUUCAUUGACAGGACUACCAAGAGAGCUCAGACGCUGUAUGACGGACAGCCCACCAGUCCAACCGGAGUGAGUCACAUCCCCAUGGCUGAGCCUUUCUGCAACAAAACCAGAGAGGUGCUGGUGGAGGUGGCGCGGAGCCUUGGCGUAAAGUGUCACGUUCGAGGGACAAUGCUGACUAUCGAGGGGCCGCGCUUUUCCUCUCGGGCCGAAAGCCUGAUGUUCCGCCAGUGGGGCGCCGACGUCAUCAACAUGACCACGGUGCCAGAGGUGGUCCUCGCCAAGGAGGCCGGCUUGUGCUACGCCAGCAUUGCCAUGGCAACAGACUAUGACUGUUGGAAGGAGCACGAGGAGGCGGUCUGCGUUGACAACGUGAUGAAAACAAUGAAGGAGAACGCCAACAAAGCCAGCAGCAUCCUGUUGACUGCAAUACCCCAGAUUAGUCAGAUGGACUGGGCUCAGACGAUGAAGACCUUGAAGUCAAUGGCACAAUCGUCUGUAAUGUUACCUAAACAUUAAGCCUGGAGAAAAGAAAGUCAAAAGGGAGAAGAACAGAGACGCCAACGCACGGACAACACACUCAACUCUGGCUGUGGAUCCAUCAUCAGUGAAUCACAAACAAGUGCCUCACGUGAAGAAAGCAUGCGCUCUUUAGCUGGAGUCUCACUGUUCCUUCUUGACUCAAAACACUCGUAAGCAUCGCCACAGUUCACUCAGCAACCCACAGCGUUUACAACAUCAACGCAGAAGUCUUCUAAUCAUUAUUCUAGACGUUCAUUUUUUGUGUAUUUGUAGCUUUUGUUUUCUGUAAACAUUCAAAUUUCUAUAUUUGUAAUGUAAUUCAUUGGUGUCUUUUACUGUUAGUGCAGGAUACAAAAUAAUACUUUGCUAGUUCAACACAUGAAUACAUUGUUACUGCCUUAGUUACAACACAUAUAGUCUUUAUGUUCAAUUUGAAGUAAUAGAUUUUCUUCUAGUAAAAUUGUUUAAUUGCCUGUUUACAUUUCAGGAAAAUGUAUUCUUAUUUCCCAUAUCGACUGAAAUUGACGACUUUUUGUACACUUAAUGUUUGAUACGACCUACGAAUCAUCAGCAUAAUGAAAGGGGCCUGUGAUGCACCGGGCCUUCUGUUACUUCCCUUUUCUUAUCUGCAAUACAGCAUCUGCUCACCUGAAUUUCAUCACACCCGACAGUAUCUACAAAUACUUAAUGGCUUGUUUUUUGUUUUCUGUUGGCUUGUCGCUACCAAAUGGACGCAUUAUGCAGACAUUAGCUCCAUUUAAAAUCUACAAUGAUUUGUGCUUGAAAAACAUUAAAACGGAUCCAAAUGAA